AUGUUCACGCGAGUCUCCACAACACUUUUGCAACGUGCCAGUGUACGCCAUGGUGCCUUGGCAGCAGCCCGCAUGCAGACCCAUCGUCCUCGAAUGAUGGCAGCCAGCUUCCAUGCCAGCUCGCGUUUCGCUGCUUCCGCUUCUGAUCCAUUCCAGUCAGCAUCGUCCCACCCUGUCAUGCAAAAGAUCGGUGCCAACCCCAAAGUGAUGGAGCAACUUGCCGAGUUUACUAUGCUUUUACAGAAAAAGGGUAUUGAUGUUCAAGGAAAGCAGCCUGGUUUUUCAGAGAUGAUGAAAAUCAUGAAUGAUCCUGAGAUCAAGGCAUCCGUGCAAAAGUUGGCACAAGAAAUGCAGGCUGCUGGGAUUCAGCUUGAUAUGCAAACGAUUGCCGAGAUUCAAAACAGCUUGGAGGAUGUCAAGAAGGGCCAAGGCAAUGAUGAUGAAGGCGGUGGUGUUAUGGGCAAGAUGAAAGGCUUCUUCAAGAAAUAA